GUGGUCCACGCCCGCGUCACCAUCCUGCCGAUUAUUUAUAACUCCGGGUACCAGCCGAAAUAGAUAAAUCCUGAUGACGGUUUCCUUCCUCUAUUCCAUUAAAACGCUCGCGUUCUGCCCUCCUCGUCGCACCUUCCGUCAACCCCUUCCACCAUAGGCGAUACACACUACUCCGGAUCGCGUUCUCGUUCCUUCCCGCGCGUGUGUUGGGUCUCUAUCCCCAUCCCCGCCCCUGGCCAGAACCGCGGCAGAGUCGAAUCGGAUGGAAGGAAGGCAAGCGAGGCAGGCCCCGCUGGCCGACUGACCGUCCUCGACGUCUGUUAUACCUUUACUCCGGUCUGCGCGUUCUUCAAGAACGUACGUGCCGCCCGCCGUUCUCCCCAAACCGCGCGAUUCCGCCGCCGCAGCCGCCGCCGCCUCCUCGCAAACGGCAGACGUCAACCGUGACCGACCGGUGCAACGUGCGACUGCUCUCCGUCAGUCUUCGCUUUUCAGUUCGAGCCGCGCCAGGAAAUCGUUCUGCACUGCUCUUGCCUCCGUUCUUUCACUUCUUCGUCCUCUCUGUCCGCGCACACCGAGAGCCAUACACGCCAAGCCGUUCGUUUACUCGCAUCUCGGGCUUGUUCGCCGCGCAACGAUUCAGUUUUGAUCGUCGACCAGGUGAACGAUAUCAGUGAUAAUGGCCCAGCUGAUCAGCGUCAAACUGUCCAGGUUCGACGGAUCCCCGUGGGGCUUUCGUCUACAGGGCGGCAAGGACUUUGGCACCCCACUGGUCGUACAGAAGGUUAACAGCGGCUCGCCGGCGGAAGCAGCAGGCCUGAAGGCCGGCGAUUCAGUUAUCAGGGUGAACAGCACCGAAGUAUACAACCUGAGGCACAAGGACGCGCAGGAUGUUAUUGUCAGAGGCGGCAACAAUUUCGAGAUGACCAUACAGAGAGGUGGAGGCGCAUGGAAGCCGCACGUGUCGCCUCUGAGCUCCACCCUUCCGUCGCCGUCGCCCACCUCGAUGGGUAACAUUACUCCAGUCACGAAGACAUCCUUGGCAGCCAAGAAACAGGAUGGAUCGCACAUCGGAAGCGGCCACAACUUCAGUCCAAAACCAUUCCUUAAUGGAACGGGCGACGGUCCAAUCAAGUCGAUCGUGAACAAACAGUACAACAGCCCGGUAGGAAUCUACAGCGAGGAGACCAUCGCGGAGACAUUGUCCGCGCAGGCGGAAGUCCUGGCUGGAGGUGUUCUUGGGGUGAACUUCAAAAAGAACGAGAAGAACUAUAACGCCGAGAACAGCGAAGUAUUCAAGAUGGUCCAGGAGGCGGAUAAAGAACCAAAGACACCGGAGCCUGUUCAUCCGAGAACAGAGUUUUACUCAUCGGUGAGCCACGCCGUUGGCGGAAGGGCCACCUCGCCGAGAUCACCCACGCCUCUAUUUCAUGCACUCCACGGCAAUGGUCCGGUCUUCAAUUCCAAUGAAAAUUCGUGGAAACGUCCGCCGCAACGACAGGAGUCGUCGUCGUCCUCCUCCCCCUCUUCGGGCACGUCGAUCGUCCGUUGUAGCAACUGCGACCGAGUGAUCGUGGGCGUGUUCGUCAGGAUCAAGGAGAAGAAUCUUCACGUGGAAUGCUUCAAAUGUUCCACCUGCGGCACUUCCCUGAAGAACGUCGGUUACUACAACAUCAAUAACAAACUGUACUGCGACAUUCACGCGAAACUGGUCGCCAGGCAAAACGCACCUGCUGGCAUGGUUCCAAUCACCGUACCGCCAGGCGGAAAGGCCCCGGCCAGCACCAUUUCCGCUGCGCUAGCGAAUGCACCGCUGUCUCCACCCCUGAGUAACCACGCAUCCUCGCCUCUACCGUUCUCUCCCACCCGCCUUGGCACAUCGCCCGUCGAUCCACCCAGUUUCCGAUCAGUCCAGGCGCCAGCGUCCAACAACCUAAUUGGUCCCAAGCCGUUCGGGGGAUCGAGCAAUCUAUCAUCGAAUCUGUCGUCGCCGCCGCUAGUGAACACAGGAAAUAGCACUCUGCCGCGACCGCAGAGUCAGACCGUGACUGGUCUCUUCUCCGUCCUGCCAAAGCCAAAAAGCACGCCCUUCAGAGGUACCGGAGUCGGUGGCCUCGGUGGUGCCGGUUCGAAGAGCGGAACGUUCGCUGGCAGCAGCGCGCCGAAACGUGGAAGGGGAAUACUGAAUCAGGCGAGUGGACCAGGAUCACGUGUGCCACUCUGCGCCCAUUGCAACUCUUACGUCAGGGGGCCGUUUAUCACCGCGUUGGGACAAAUUUGGUGUCCUGAACACUUCGUCUGCGUGAACACGCAAUGUCGUCGACCUCUUCAAGAUAUCGGAUUCGUCGAAGAGAAGGGACAGCUUUACUGCGAAUACUGUUUCGAACGUUUCAUCGCGCCGAACUGCAACAAAUGCAACAACAAGAUCAAAGGCGAUUGUCUGAACGCGAUUGGAAAGCACUUCCACCCUGAAUGCUUCAAAUGUUCGUAUUGCGGCAAGCUCUUCGGUAACAGCCCCUUCUUCCUCGAAGAGGGAUUGCCCUAUUGUGAAGCUGAUUGGAACGAGCUGUUCACGACAAAGUGUUUCGCGUGUGGAUUCCCCGUCGAAGCUGGAGAUCGCUGGGUAGAGGCCCUGAACAAUAAUUACCACAGCCAAUGUUUCAACUGCACGAUGUGCAAGAAGAAUCUCGAGGGCCAGAGUUUCUACGCAAAGGGCGGCCGUCCAUUCUGCAAAAAUCAUGCGCGUUAGACCUUACAACUGUAACCCUGAUG